GAAGCGCUAAGGAGUACCGCGUAGCUGAGCUAUUUCGCUCAUUUGACUGUUGUGGUGAUUGUGUGCACAGCGUGUAUUGACUGCUCGUCUUACUCUUUUGCGCCAUAUUUUCCUGCCAAGUAGUUUUUUUUAUGGCAGCUAUGACUUACGCAGGUAUGGACGAUACUGACAGCGACGACGAGUUGCCUCCUGGAUGGGAGGAAAGAUCGACCAAAGACGGAUGGGUCUACUAUGCAAACCACGAUGAGAUGAGGACACAGUGGGAACACCCCAAGACUGGAAAGAAGAAACGCUGUGCUGGAGAUCUGCCAUAUGGAUGGGAGCAAGAAACAAAUGAGAAGGGUCAAAUUGUUUAUGUUGACCACAUCAAUAAGCGGACCACAUAUUUCGACCCCCGCCAAGUGUUCACUGUGGAGGAUGUGAUGGUGAAGCCCAAGCGCUAUGAUGGAAACACAGCGGCUUUGGAGAUCCUGCAAGGACGUGACCUGUCUGACAAAGUGGUCCUGAUUACCGGGGGCAACUCUGGCAUUGGCUUUGAGACAGCCAGGUCUUUCGCUCUUCACGGCGCCCACGUCAUCCUGGCGUGCAGAAACCUGUCCCGAGCCAGCAAAGCCAUCAGUAGCAUACAGCAGGAGUGGCACAAAGCCCGUGUGGAAGCCAUGAUGUGUGACCUGGCCUCUCUUCGCAGUGUCAGAGACUUUGCCGCCUCCUUCAAAGCCAAGAAGCUGCCUUUGCACAUUUUGGUGUGCAACGCAGCGGUGUGCACUCAGCCAUGGAGUCUGACGGAGGACGGCUUGGAGUCCACCUUUCAGACCUGUCAUUUGGGUCACUUCCUGUUGGUCCAGAGCCUACAGGACGUGCUGCGUCGCUCUGUUCCUGCUCGUGUUGUGGUGGUGUCAUCUGAGUCCCACAGGUUCACAGACUUGUUAGACUCGUGUGGUAAGGUAGACCUGGCUGUGUUGUCACCAGCUCGCAAGGACUACUGGUCCAUGCUGGCCUACAAUCGAGCCAAACUCUGCAACAUUCUCUUCAGCAACGAACUUCACCGGCGCCUCUCUCCUCACGGGGUUACAUCAAACGCAGUGCAUCCUGGGAAUAUGGUGUACACAUCCAUACACAGGAGCUGGUGGCUGAUGACCUUCCUCUUCACCCUGGUUAGACCUUUCACCAAGUCAUGGCUGCUGCUCAUCACCGUGGCUGGCGUCCUAUAACACAUACAGCUAUUUGGUGACCGGGAGAACCAGAGUGUACAGCUAUGGCCGGAGAAGACUUAUUAUUGUUGGUAUGCUGUUGUGCGUCCACGGAGGUGGGGAGAACCACAGUGUACAGCUGGAGGAGGCACAACCAUGGCCGGCCAGUGUACACAAUGACACACACACACUCCUCCCCUGCCUUGCCCGUGCGACCUGGCUGCAUGCACGCAGAAAAUCAUUGCAUCUCAAUUUACUUUCUUUGCGUGCUGUCUGCGUGUUUGAAAACUCCUACGGGCGAUUUUCGGAAUUCAACUCCUCCUUAAAGUGCACUUCCAAAUUGUUUAUUGGGGGUCUUAUAAUAAAAAGGAAAGGAAUUUCCUUUCCUUUCCUCAAUAUAUUGAAAAAGUAUUAACCUUAACCAACGUAUUGAACCAAACAUUGAAUUUUGCGUAUCAUUGCACCUCUACUUCCUAUGCACAAUUUUUGUUGAAAAGGCUCCAGCAGAUGGUUACGGGUGGUGGGAGUUCCUUCAGACGUCAGGAAGAAUGGAAGCAAAGUGUGUGUUGAUGAAGUUUCUGAUUAUGCUUCCUCCUAUGGCUCUGGGAAGAAUUACUGAAUGCCAUUUGGGUCAGUGCACUUUAUGGAACUACACUUAUGAAAUACACCUCUCCCCCGCUUUUCUCUCUCUUCUCCCCCUUUAUCUGUAACCCACCCUCCCUCUAUACCCCUCCUCUAAUUGGAGGUGCAAUAAAGGUACAUGCAGGGGGUCAGUGGUUCUUCAAGGUGAGCCCGAAAGCAUGUUUCUUCCUGCAGAUGAGCUCUCUCUGCUACCUAACUAACUUAUUCUACAGAGGCUUUUAAAUAGUUGCACUAUGAAAACAAACUUCUCAUCCCCUCAGUGUUCCUCUGUGUCCUUGUAGCAGCAAAGGGCACUCUGUGGGUGAAUCAGCCAACUCACUCAGUAUAGCUCACAUCCUGCCAAGCAAGGCCUCAUGGGACGGGGGAAAACUAGAUGUGAAGGAAGGUAUAUGUUGUAGGUUGUAGGGAAGAAAAUGGAGACACAACAAAAACAGUUUGGAGGAGAAUAUACACCACAACUCAAUUUACCUUGACUGCCUGCUUGUUUUUAUUGUGUGGUGCUGAUGAUGAGUCAGAACGCUUCGUCUCUGCAUGUGUACCACCUCUGGCCAGUAGGGGUCAUUGUAGUUCAACUUGAAGAGGGUUCAAAAAACACAGUAUGGGGCCAUUUCAACACAUCGUCGUUUGUAUUGUGCUUUUAUGUUAUUCAUUUAACAAUGUUUGUUUUUGUGGUUGUAAUUGGCAGCGGUGUGUAUGAAACUGAAAGAGGUGUGUCAUAUUUGCCCCUCUCAUGCAAGGUAGCCACAAUAUUACAAACAGUCCACUUCUAACCCCUUAAUUAAGUACUUUUAAAAUCUAAAAACACACUUUUUCGUCCUUGGCUUUUGACCCUGCAGGAGACAUUCCUGUGUGAAAUGGAUGUAAGGUGUUGAAAAAAAUAGAAGAUCAAUGAGCAAAUAGGAUUCUAAAAAUGAAAACAUAUAGCUUGUGCAGUGUUAAAGAAAAUAAUGUAUAUUAAUUGUAUGUAAAUAAUGUAAAUAAUUGUAAAAUAAUGCAUCUGUAAAAUAAGAUAAACAAAUAAUAAAGUAAAAUAGGAAUACAUUUUUAAUAAAUAAAAUCAUAACCAAGUUAGAGUAAGUGAUGACAUUGAGUAAAUGAUAAUAAAUUAAACAAAAAGACCACAUUAUAUGACAAUAUCUCUUUUAUAUUGACAGUUAAUUCUAAUCAUUAUUAUCUUUGUAAAGGUGGAUAUUUGACACUUACAUUGGAUCUCAUUAGAUUAGUGCAAAUGUACCCGAUAUUGUGGCCCAGUGUGUGUUUAAAUAAAAAUCUGUCACAGAGCGACAUGGAGUGGCACAUAACGGAACACAGUUAGGCAUCUGAUUGUGGCAUACGGCAGGCUGAUAAAGGCCUGAUGAGCAAUUGGCAAGCGGUGUGAAGCAGGUAGCUCUUCCAAAAAAAGGCCACUACUGCACUGAGACACUGAGAAGAGAAAAGUGGCAGCAAAACCAACACAAGAGGAUCAUUACGCAAUCAACCUUAAUACUGUAUCCUGAUUGUUUUGUUGAGCAACUGUGAUUGGCUGGCGACCAGUCCAGGGUGUACCCCGCCUCUCACCUGAAGACAGCUGGGAUAGGCUCGGGCAUACGUGACCCUCGUGAGGAUAAGCGGUACAGAAAAUGGAUGGAUGGUACAUACACAUGCACCAUCCAUCACAAUUGUCCAGUAAGAUACAUUGUGGUUAUUUACAGUUGUCUCUUGUUUAUUGCUGUUAAUGUAUUUGUAGCAAGUGCAUAGAAAACCUUUUAAAAUACGGUUAUGAUCAUGAAAGAGUCCUGUAGACAUGAAAUAACACCCCUAUAGUCACCUUUACACUUGUAGAUAUCAAGUUCUCUUUUUGUUUUUGGACAGUAUUAAUCAUUAAUGGCAUAAAACGGCAAAACCAAGGACCACCUGUAAUGUUCUUUACUGUGCAGCCUUCGGUCCCAUGCCAAAACUAGUGUGAACAGAAAGCGAAUCACACUAAAUAUCUUUUUAAAAAGAUUUUACCGAACCACAAGUGUGAACACAGACUAUAGUGACUUUUAAGAGUACCUCAGCUCUUUUUUUUUGCUCCCUUUUGCUCUACAUGACACUUGCAUUGCACCUCUUGCCACUGACCUCACAAAGCAGAUGAAUAUUAGAUGAAGCAGAAGCCGAUAGCAGAGUUCAGGACAGCAACGAUUUUAAAUGCAGGGAGCCGCCAUUAACAGUAUAUCUGAAAAUAGACAGAAGAUUUUCCAUAGAUCAUUAAUGACGGGAAAUCUAUCCCUCUUUCCCUUCCUCCAUAUAUAUAUAUUUAUAUAUAUACGUAUACACACACACAUACAGUGUAUACGUAUAUAUCUCCCUUCCUUGCUCUAGUUUUCCACCUUCACUGUAUUUCACUGGUGUCAUCAUUUUUUAUUUUCUCAUUGCUUUGUCUAGAUGCCAUUAUGUCACAAAUAAACUAGAUAUUUUGUCUAAUGUGUGUUUAGUACAUAAUCCACAUCCCCUCCUCCCAUAUUCCUUGUUAUUCUACUUUAGAGCUGUAAUCAGGCAGGGCUUGCCAAUAAAGUUUAUUAUACGGAGCUAAGUGUCAAUAUCACACGCACGCCCAGGGCAGAGAGGUCCCUUUAAUUAGAAUAGGAGAGAGGGGGAGCUUGUGCUUGUGUGUGUCCAUGCAUGCUUAUGUGUGUCUGUGCCAUGUUUCCAAACACCACUGUUGCUUUCAAGCAUCAACAAUUGUAACUCCAUUCAACGUGUAAUAGGAUGCAGGGGUAGGAAAAAAAAAUCAUAAAAAGCAGCGCUUUUAUAGGAAGAUCAAUUCUUGCUUUACAUCACUGUAGAGGCAAGAUGUUUGAAAUCUACACGGUUGGUCCGAACAAACAAUAAUCCCUGCGAUAUGAAGUAUUGAUUGCGUCCUGCUCGCUCUCUGUGCAGCUUUAUUACUCUGACAACUUUAAGGGUUUUUAUGAAGAUGGUGUAACCUGACAGCCAUAUUUAUCGUAUGCACGUACUGAGGCAUUGGACAUAAUCUGUUCCAGGGUCAAACUGUCACUGUCAUUAGGCUUACUGCAUCAGUAAGUUACAAAAUAUUUAAAAUAGGUAAAUAUAAGACAAAGAUGUCAUGGUACGGGCCUUUUAGCUGGAAAGAGGUUAAGCUCUGUUCAUGUAAAAAAACAAACUCAGGCUCAACACAUUAAAGUAACAUUUUAACAACCUUAAUGGAUGAAAGUGUAAAAAUAAGUUGGCCCUUGUUAGUGGUGAAACAGAAAGCAAACCUCAAAAAAUGUCUGAGGUAAGGGUGAAGGGUUGCAAAUGUUCUGAAGUCACUAUAGUUAGUCAAUUUAAAAUAUAAAAAUAGCAUUUAUAUCAACAUAUUAUAGCUGAUGAAUUUAUAUUUAUAUAGAUAUUAAAAUGUUAAUCAAUAAAACACUGCCUCACAAAGUGAAACACAUAUUGAACUGCUUUUAAUGAUCAUAAAAGUGUAAAAAUAAGUUAAGUGCUGUAAAUUGUAUAACAGGAAAACAAUAAAAAUGCCUCAACGGUAAUGGUGAUUGUGUAACGAGGUGAUGACCUGCAAGUGUAAAAAGAAGUGGGUCACUGUUUAUUAAAACAUAGGAACAUCAAAUCACUACGUCAACAUUUGAAAAGUGUUUUUUUUUCAAGUUGAAAGCAACAUUCAUUGAUGAUUGUACAAGAUUUAAAUAAGCUAAGUCUAUGCAUCAUCAGUAUUCAUCAGGAAGGGCAUUCGGAAUAUAAAGGGCUCAAGCAAUCACGAUGUGGAUCAAAGAAGAUCAAUUGUGGAGACGCCGUAAUCAGGAAAAAGACGAAAGAAACAAACAAUAGUGAAGCAUCGUACGUUGACAUAUUGGGCUCUAAUUUUGUUCACCAACGGGGUGGGGCCAGUGCACUUUGCAAUUUUUGUGAGCGGCGCGCACCAACGCUUUCGUCCCUCCCACCUGUGCAAGUGGAAAAGAGAAGGCGUGCCCACAAAGUCCAUAGUGCGUGUUGGCUAAGUUGUAUACUAACAUUGAUUGGAUGGUUACUGAUCUGGGCUAUGAAACAUCCAGCACAGACACUUAAGAUGAGCGAUGAGUGGAACUUUUUCUGGCAGAGUUUUCACUUCUAAAAUGUUGAUUUGGGGCGGCAAGCCGUUAAGGGGCGUUGCCCCCAGUACACCCAUCACGUUGCGUUCUCCUUACGCGUGACGUCUUUGAUCUGACAUCAGAUGUGAUGGGACAAUUAAUGUAAAAAUGUACAUGCUGGUUCAGACGCUUACAUUAAAUAGUGGUUGCUGGUUGCAUUGAAAUGUUGCCGACACUCUGAAAAACCUACCUGUGAGGUUUUGGUGACAUGUAUACACUGUGCACCUGUCAUCCAAUUUAUCACUGCGCAGGGUGCGCUUCGCCUGCACCAAGAACAGACCAGAUCCGUAUUGGCGAGCUUUCAGUGCACCUUUGGUGCGCUGUUUUGCGCCAAGCUGAAAAUGUGUACACCUCCUUUGGUGCGCCACCACACCCAUCUCGGCGCAGUCUAUUCACCAAAUUACCAAAUUAGCUGUGCACGGUGGUGCGCUGGACCAAAUUACUACUGCGUGGGCUCCGCCACGCUCACCCCCCCCAUGCCACCUUGCACUGCGCAACAAAAUUAGAGCCCAAAUAUGUAAUGCAAAAGUAAAUCAGUUAAGAGUAAAAAAAAAAAAACAAUGCACAAGUUCAUCAUGAUGCGUACUGAACAGUUGAUGUUAUACAUGACAAAGGUUGGAGUGCUGACUUUUUGUGUGACUUUGGAGGCGCAUUGUUGCCCAAAAGUGGUUAAAUCCCCAACUGUGUUUGCCGCUAAACGUUCAACUGUAGAAGUUCCAUUCAUUCUUUAUCUUUUUUUUUUCUGCAUUUGACUCCCUAACAAAUCCUCCCUGAGUUCCUAUGAGGCCACUUCCAGUUCAGACAGUCUGCUUAAAGUGUUGAUAGGAGUCCCUUGUAAGAUAAUUCCAGCAAAGGGCAUUAAAAAAAAACACCUUCCACUCCUAAACACCAAAUUCCAGCGGUGGUGAGGGGCGGGCCGCUGGCUCCAAUCUAAUAGUAAAACACGAAACCAUUUCCCAUUACAAUGUAAAGAGAUUAAAGACAGAUUAAACGUCGGUGCACGGGAGCCGGGCCAACGGCG